AACCCAAACAAUGUAUUCCAACAUGGUGGCAAUGUGGUACACAGUUUGAAAAUGCAGGCCGUGUCAUGCUUUGAAAAAAAUCAUUUUAAGCGUGAAUUUGUUGGAAAAUGUCGGACCCUAAACGUGCUACUAUUAUAACAGUGGGUGCUCCAAAAAGUGUAAAGAAUAAUGUGAAUAAAACAGUGAGAUUAGCUAUAAAUCUGGACGAAAGCAACGAAAGUAAAUAUCCUGAGCUGAAUUACAAGGAACUAGUCAUAGCAGCAGCAAAAAAGAAAAGAAUAGAAAAUGGAAAGACUGCUGGGCUGGACCCAUUCUCCGAUAAUGAUGACGAUGUGGAAAGAGUGGCAAGGAAAUUUGAACAAAAAUAUGGUGGCAAAAGCACAUAUGGAAGAAAGGGCAGAUCGAAAUAUGAAGAGUUUGCUGACAUUGGUGCAGGUUAUGAUGAGAAUGAUUCCUUCAUUGAUAACACACAUGGAUAUGACGAGAUGAUUCCACCAGAAUGUGACACACUGUAUGGAGGAUUUUACAUAAACAGUGGGUCAUUGGAGUUCAAGACUGUCCCAGAGAAUCAAACCCCAAACUCUGAUGGUGAUGUCAGACGGAAUAAGAGGCGACUGUCUUCAAGCAGUAGUGAAGAAGAAUCAUCGGACAGUUCAACUAACUCUGACAGUCAAGAUGUAAAGGAAAAUAAGACGGUGCCAAAUGGAAACACAGACUCACACAAAACCGAACACCGGAAGAAAAAAGUAAAAAAGAGUGAAAAGAAGAAAUCAAAUGUCAGUCAGUCGGACACAACAGCACCGACUUCGGGGAAACAGACAUCGGAUGAGGCAUGUCCCGAAGGUUCGAGUACAUCACAAUCUGACUCUCUGACUUCGAAGCCUGCACCGAGUUCUGAAAAUCUCAUCACUUCGGAUAGCUCCAGGGAACCAGAGGCGAAAUUCGAAGUGAAAUUGCCACAGAUUGUGAGUGAUGCGCUGGAGAAGGUGCAGUUGGUGAGUCGAGAGAAGGAUAAUCCCGGGAAGGACCUGAAGAGCAAGACUGAUCAGUGUAUAUUGAGAUUGGAGCAGAGCCUCAACAAGAGCGGAGCGUCGAGCCGCGUGCGCCGCGAGACGUGGAGCGCGGCCGGAGUGCUGCUCGGCUGCUCACGGGCAGCCCUCCUGCAGCGGACGAGGAAGCUCUCCGGCCACGCUUCGAACCAGAGCCAAACCAGUCCAACCCAGCCAACUACAACUCCGGCCCCGACCCCAGCUCCGACUCCAGCUCCAGUGGCAGCCCCGGCCCCGGUGACCGUCUCCAGAGUCAGCGUUCCCGUGAAGAGAAAAGCGGAAGACAGAACCCUUACGGAGGACUUCAGCCGGCUCUCACCUGAUGAGAAGGAGGCCGAGGUCGUGGAGACCUUGCGCAGAUUGAAAGCGCUGAUUGAUGAAAGGAAGCCUGACAUGAUAGCCACGUAUAAUGCGGAAUGUGAACGCGUACAGGAAGAGAGGAAAAAGCUCCAAAUAGCGUCGGCCGACGGUAUGCCCCACGUGGACAAGCGCCUCCCCAAGCGCCGCUUCCCAUGGUGCGCCUUGAGCAGGGCUCUGCUGGCGAGGCUGGGCCGCCUGGCUGGCAGCCCGGCGGACGCGGCCACGCUCUUGGCCAAACGCGCUCUGCCGCUCUUCCCGGCGGGAUUCGUCAGGAUGCCCACCCUGCUGCGGCAGGCCGACCUCAACAAGGACAUCAAAGCGACAGAUCUGAAACGUCAGGCCUUCGGUUCGACGUCUCAAUCCCAACCGGUUCAAAUGUUCAGUGAGCCCAUUCAGUUCCCCAGCUCGCUCACCGUCACCACCACGACCAAGCCGACGGAGAAGCCGGAGAAGGACAGGAAGACGGUCGGAGUCCAUGCGAACGACAAAAAGGAAUUGUCGACCGUGAAGAAGAAAGAAGCCCUCAUUCGAGUGAAGUCUCCCGCGGCCCUCAACGACAUGGUCAAGAAGGACGAGGUCACCCAUAAGCAGAUAGAGAGCAUGAAGACGUUGGAGAACAACAUCCCGCAUCCGAUCUUAAUACCCGUGAACUUCGCCAAACCGGACAAGAGACCGCCGGAGAAGAAGAAGAAGGACGUGCUGAUCGUCUCCGACGUGGAUCCCCUGGCCGAGGCCCGGGACGACAGCAGUAGUGAUAUAGAAGUGAUCGAGGACAAAGUGACGGAAGAGAAGUGUAGUGUUAGUGAAAGUGACAAAGUGCCUUCGGAUAAAGUGAAAGGUGUGGAGUUUACCAAGCAAGAGUUCGAGCUGCUCAUGAAGGAUUUACAGGAGAUGGAGAAUUCACAAGAACAGAAAAAGGUAAACUUCAAUUCCUUUGGUGGUGUGAUAGCAAAUGCCGAGAACGAGUCUUCCAAGCAAUUCAACGGGACUGUAUUCGAUUCGGAAAAUAAAAAUAAAUUCGCAGAACGAACUUCUUUCAAAGAAAUAGAUGGAUGUAACACUGUUAAUGGUUGACUACGUGCGGAUAUAACAUAUAGUCUUAAUUAUGUAUAAUGCGUGAAUUGCUCGCGUAAGAUUUCAGGAUUCACACUUCUGUUCAAUGACUAUGAAAUAUAAAGAGUCAAACAGAGUCCAGGCAGAUUUAUUUACUCAAAUUUCAAUGGUUUUCAGAAGAUAAACACGACGUGAAGAGCUUUUCCCAAAUCCAUGUUAAUUUCUAUUGAAAUUGUCUGUUUGAUUCCACUUACAAUCGAUUCUUUGUAAAAAUAGUGAUUAAUUUCACUGCUCAGUUGCUGCUGUCUCUAGAGACUACUUACUAGUCUUUUCAUUUAAAAUAUAUUUGUGUAAUUGAAUUUAAGUUUUGGCGAAAAUAUAUAAUUAAGUUCCUAUAUCGAAGUUAUUAUGGAGUAACGUUUUCAUCUUAGUGUUUUUAUUUUAUUUUAUCAAAAAACAAAAAUACACUGGACAGGUCAAAGAUAUUUUAUAGAUACUGAAGUAGGAAACAUUCCGUGAGUACAAUGUUUUCCGGCUUGAAGGACCAAAAAACCGAAAUUGAUAUUAAUUCAUUACUAAAACUAAACAAGUUGCUUUUAUUUGAAGUAUUAGACCUUUUUUUAUCAGACUUGCAUGUGGACUUUGGAACACUUAUAAAUCAAUUAAAAACUAAAAAUAUACAAUUUUGGUUUAAGUCUGGUCUGUAUAUAUGAUAUGUCCUAUAGCAUAGUCGUGACGUCAUCGAGAACUGCCUUUAGAAAUGGGGUUGCCAUUUAUGAAAACUUAAAAUUAUUGUUUAAUAAUUUUUAAUAUUUUUUGUAAAAGUCAAAAACAUCUAAAAUUCGCCGAUAAAAAAAUAAUAUUUAUGCUGAAUGUUUCUUUUAAUUUUAAAUUUACUGCCAGUUCUCAAAUCAAACUAAUGUCAACGUUAGUCUUUAGGGUGUCCCAGUUGGAUUCUCAAUGAAGCGUCCCAAAAUUUUCCAAGAAAAUUGAAGAUAUUGAAACAUAUGUAUCGUUACAGCAUGUAUGCUAAUGUGUUCAGUAAUUAAGUGGCCUAAACACUGCCGUUGUACCAAUUCAUGUGUGUCCGAACCUUUUUUUUUAUUAGAAUUGAACGAUUUUUAAUAAUUUAAAUGUGUUUACAUGGAGAGUCUGCCUGCAUUGUCAGGAGAGAGUUUCAUUCCCAGGACACAAUUCUGCGGGGACGAAAAAUAACAUCCAGAUCACAAGGAUCGUGUAACCCCUCGAGUCUGGAGCUGUUUUAUAAAUUAUGUCUUCGUUUGUUAUCUGAACUUUUACGUCCUAUGUUUUUAUGUUAUAUGUGAAAAUUAUUCGUGAACACAUUUAAGCGAAAUUUACUGUUGGAUGAGAAAAACUUGAAUUGGUUCCAAAUUGUACAAACAUCGUAGUUACUUAGAUUGUGAUUAGAAUGUGUCUUUGGCCACGAUAAAGUGAUGGAAAUCUAUUUAAAAUUUUCCCUAAGCUGCCUUUAAAGGAUAUGUGGAGCUUUCGCAUGGUUUUUUAAAGAAAAUUUAAUUCUAUAUUUUGAAUACUGUGAGAAAAGAAUGCAGUCUGUGAACAAUUUUAUUUAUAAACAGUUUCGAUUUGUCAACGUCAUCGCUGUAUGAAACUUGACGAUAGUCGGAUUGUGGCUUUCCUUAACUUUUUUGUUUUAAAAACUAUGUGGCUGAAUGACACUUGACAGUUGACAGAUUGACGUGGCCAAUGUGACAAGUAGACGAUCUUGUAAGUGUUUGCUAUCAGAUAGUCAAAUAUAUAAAUAGUUAAUAAUGCUUAUUGUAUAAUAGUUCAGCCCUACUAAAUUAUUUGACUCCACAAUCCCCUGAAAAGAGUAUAUAUACAAAAUCUAUGAAUUAGCCGACUCUGUUGUCUCGCUCUAUUCGUUUUGUGGACAAGGAUAGCUAUAGCUUAAGAAGGUAUCGCCGUCCUUGUCGUGAUCGUUAUGAGUUGGAAACUAGUCUAAAGAUGGAAAGGGCAAAAUUAUUUUUGCAAUCAAAUGUUUUCGUGUACAUUUAUAAAUUCCAAAUUAUGUCAAAUGUAUGA